AUCUGGUUCACUAUGGACUUCUACUUUCCCUACUUCUUUUAUCGCACUAUUCCUUUCAACCUGCAUCUUCUGCCUCCAGAGUGAAGUUCCUUCCAGGAUUCGAGGGACCUCUUCCUUUUGUUCUUGAAACUGGGUACGUGGGAGUGGGAGAAUCAGAGGAUGUGCAGACAUUUUACUACUUCAUUCAAUCAGACAACAACCCCAAGGAAGAUCCUCUCUUGCUUUGGCUUAGCGGUGGUCCUGGUUGUUCCUCCUUAAGUGGAUUUUUUCUUGAAAUAGGUAUGUUUUUUUAUAUUUUGUUUUGAGCAUAGAAAGAGGCAUUGCUAUGUUUCCUUAGCAUUGAAACGGGAGGAAUACAAUGGGACCGCACCCAAUUUGAUCUUCAGGAAUCAAUCAUGGACCAAGGUUAGUAGCAUUAUAUUUGUGGACUUGCCUGUUUUCACAGGCUUUACUUAUGCCAGAACGGAACUUGCUGCUCAAAGUAGUGACACGGUGUUAGCUAGUCAAGGCCAUCAAUUUUUAAGAAAGUGGUUAAUUGAUCAUCCAAAUUUUUUGUCGAAUGAAGUUUACAUUGGUGGUGAUUCAUACUCUGGCAUUCCCCUUCCAGCAAUUGUUCAAGAAAUUGCACAAGGAAAUGAAAAGGGGUUUCAACCAAGGAUAAAUCUCCAGGGAUACAUUUUGGGGAAUCCAUUCACAACGAGAAGGGAGCCAAACUAUGCAAUCCCCUUUGCUCAUGGAAUGGCACUUAUUUCUGAUGAAUUAUAUGAGUCAUUACAAAAGAAUUGUAAAGGAAACUACAUCAAUGUGGACCCCGAAAAUAUAUUAUGCUACAGAGAUAUGGAAUCAUUCAAUAAGCUUGUAUCAGGAAUUUUUGAAUACAAUAUUUUGGAGCCAUGGUGUGAGAAGGAUGAGAACCAACCUCCUUUAAGAAGAUCCCUAAUUGAGAAAUUCCCUAGAAAGAACUUCUUGAAAACUGAUCUCAAAUUACUAGUCGUAACAUGUCCAACUUAUACGGAUUUCCUAUCUGAUUAUUGGACAAAUGAUGAUAAUGUUCGAACCGCACUUCAUAUUCACAAGGGAAGUAUAGGAACAUGGAUUAAAUGUCAUCGUGAUAGACGUUUCAAGUACGAUAUCUCGAGUAGUGUUGAAUAUCAUGCAAAUCUUAGUAGAAAAGGCUAUCGUUCACUAAUAUAUAGUGGCGAUCAUGACAUGGUAUUUCCUUUCUUGGGAACUCAAGAAUGGAUGAGAUCAUUAAACUACUCUAUUGUUGAUGAUUGGAGGCCAUGGAAUUCAAAUGGCCAAGUUGCAGGAUACACAAGGACUUACUCUAAUCAAAUGACAUUUGCAACUGUGAAGGGUGCAGGCCACAUAGCUCCGACGCACAAACCCAAAGAAUGUUUUGACAUGUUCAGUAGAUGGAUAUCUAAGAAGGCGUUAUAGGAAAACUUGAAGGCCAUUUGCUAUCCUGUCGAGUAUCGAAUUUUCCUGUUUCCUAAUAAAUGUGUGUUUAUGAAUCCAAAAAUAAUAUUAUACCUUCGAAAUAUAAAACGAUGGAUUCAAUAGUUCUAUUAUGUAAUGUUUUUAUUUUGAAUUAUCACAUAAAAUAGUAUGAUAUUGUUAGUUUUGAAA